CAUAGGUUGGAUGUUACUUCAAACAGUCGAGAUAAAUGAAUGUAAGUACUUAAUUAACUGUUCUUAAUGUAAGAAGAAAAUAUGUCUAAAAUAAGCAACAGACAUUCAAAAAAGAUUGGAGAAGACCCUAACUUAAUUACAAUAGAUGUUGCUAAACCAAAGGUUCAUAUUGGACUAUUUGGAUCGGUAGCUUUUUGUAUGGGUUCUAUGAUUGGUUCAGGGAUAUUUAUAUCACCGACUGGAGCGCUUCAAAACACUGGAUCUAUAGGCAUGAGCAUUGUCAUAUGGGGAUUUUGUGGUGUAUUAUCUCUCUUGUUUGGUUUGGUGUAUGGUGAGCUCGGAACUCGAUUGCCGCACUCGGGUGGAGACUUCAACUACAUAAAUAAAGGGCUUGGACCAAUGCCAGCUUUUCUUGUAGCCUGGACUGUACCUUUGUUCAUUAGCACGGCAGGAAUGGCUGUUUUAGCACUAGUAUUCGCAGACUAUUUGUUGGCAUUUCUUUUUCAGUCGUGUACACCGCCAGUUUUGCUGACAAAAGCUAUAGCGGCGGCUAUGAUUGUAACAUUAGGCGUUGUCAAUGCGUGGAGCGCAAGACUGGGGGCUUACACGCAGGUGUUUUGCACUGUUGUUAAAGUUACUGCACUUUUUCUUAUAUCAAUAGGAGGAGUUGUGUUUCUUUGUCAGGGACAAGUUGAACACUUCAAGAACAGCUUCGAAGGUUCGGCAACGAAUUUGACGUCAUAUACACUUGCCAUAUACAGUUGCAUGUUUGCAUAUGGGGGAUUUUCUCGUGUAGGAGAUAUAGCUGAAGAAUUAAUAAAUCCGAAAAGAAACAUACCAAAAGCCGUUAUAAUAUCUGUCAUAGCGGUCACAAUCAUCUACGUCACAACCAAUAUUUCAUUUUUUGCACUGCUUCCAAAAGCAGAAUUUCUUUCGUCAAGUGCCGUAGCUUAUGAUUGGGCUUUAAAAGGAAUUAGGCCAGUAGCGUUUUUUAUACCUAUCAGUGUUCUAUUGUCUGUCUACGGUGCUAGUAAUGGCAUCAGCUUUGGAACAAGUCGAAUACUGUUUUCUGUAGCACGUGCUGGACAGUAUCCGGAAGUGAUGUCAUUUUUACAUGUGAAAUCAUCAGUUCCUGUCGUUUCUGUUAUCAUUAUACAUGUGAUUAGUUUAGUGAUGCUCAUUCCAGGAAACAUUGGAACACUCAUAAAUUUUCUCAGCUUUCUCUCGUUUAUACUGAUGAUGCUUACGUCCAUUUCUCUCUUGAAGAUACGGUAUCUACAAAGAAAUGAAAAAACGAAUAAUGACGAUUUUAGAACACCAAUUCUGAUACCAAUCUUAUCUGGUUUUCUUUGCUUGUUUUUGGUAGUAACACCAUUUGUUUCCACUCCACAAAUAGAAUUUCUGUACAGCUUGGCCAUUGUGGUAGCAGGUGUGGCCAUAUAUAUCCCUUUCAUUCAAUUCGGAAUAAAAAUUCCUGGAACAGACGCGCUAACAAAAUUAUUUCAGCUUGUUUGUAAUAUUUGUCCACCGGAGAAAAUUUCAUGAAUCUAUACCCCUUGCUACCAUUAUGUAAGACAUGGAAAAACUACAUAUAAUCGGUCACUGUUCGACCUAUAUGUGGAAAAAAUCUAAAUAGAAAAUAAUAUAAGCGUUUGUUUAUGUCAUACAAUAAUUGAUAGAUUAUUGAUCUUGAAAAGAAAUAAAAUUAUGUGAUUUGAAUGCCUAGAAUGAAUAAUAACAUAGAUUUUACUUCAAACCAUUUUGUAGAAUUUUAAAUAAUCAGAGUAUCAAAUUUAAAGAGAAGUAAUAAUAUCAAGUUCUAAAUCUUCUACAUAUUCCGCCGAGUAAUUUUAAUAUUUUUGAAAGUCUGUUGUAGGUUUUUUACAGUUUGAAAUGGAAAUAAGUUCACGUGCGCUAGAAAUUAAAAGAAACCUUCAAUGGAAAUGCAAAUAUUCUUGCAACACUUAACAAAUUCCAAGUACCAUCUAAAUGUCCUCAUAUGACUGUAAACUAUCAUUAUUAAAUAGACAAAGGUAAUGCAUAAACGUAUAUUUUAACAUAUUUGAACAAUCAUGAUUGGCGACUACCGAAUAGCCCUUAACAUGAAACUGAGGAUAUGUUUAAAUAUUUUAAGUUUCUGUAUGUUAUAAUAAUCUUGCAACAAUAUUAUUUUUGUAGUGAGAAUAAGGCCUAAAUGACAAAAAGCUUCGAGAUAUUUAUAUAGCCCAAGAUAGGUCACGUGUCAGCUUCAACAAAGCUCUCCGCCAAGCGUUUGUGAUGGACACCGAUAUAUUGUUGUUAUAUCUCUGGCAUUGGCAAUAUUUAUGUGUCUGUUACACAGCAGAUAAUAACACUACAUCACCCCUGAGCAGACUUGUAUCACUGUCCAUUUCUGAGAGUCGUAUAAUUACCAUACAUCACUGUAUUAUCAGUGUAAACUAUUACAACAAUAUGGCAUGAGGCAAACUAACAACAAUUUUCUUGUUUCUACAAGAGGGGACGUUCAUUGGUCUCCAAAUAUGGAGCGGGUAACAGUACAUGAUAAUGUUCAAAUAUUAAUUAAAAUGUUUCUUAUAAAAUCAAAACGUUGCUGUCUAUUUCAUAUUUUAUCAGAAUUGUAAUAGUAAACACUUAAACGCAAUGUCUGAUAUAAAGGUAAUAAGUUCAUUUCAAUCUCGUUUUACAGUAAAAAAUUAUAUUCAAAUAUUAAACACAAUGUAUUUAGUGUUUAGUUUCGAUUAGAUCAGAAUAAUAAAAUUUUUACAUCGUCAAAUAAAAAGAAAGAGCUGCUGUAAAACUGCCUCAUAGUCAAACUUUCGAUAUUUGACCAUAGAUGCAUAACAAAACUGUUAAAAUAUUAAAGGUAUAAUAUUAUUAGUUACACUGCUUGUUGGUGACAGUACACGGGAUAUACGCUGUCGAGGAAUGAGGCGAGAGCGAAGCUCGAGCCUAAUAUGGAUUCUCGAGACAGCGUAUAUCCCGUAUCCUGUCACCAACAAGCUGUGUAACUAUUUUAUCUUGCCGAGUACCCUGUACUUACAUGCAAUAAUCUAGUAUUUUGUAAAUUAUCAAAGGUACUUACAGUGCAGACUGGAGUCCUGCAAUCAUUUGUCAGGUCACUAUGUUUUGUUAAUAGUUGAUUUACACCAGCCAUAAAAUGCAAAAUGAUCUGUAUUUUGAUUAAAUCACAAAACACAAAAGCUCAUUUACACAGGUUAUGAACUGGUUUAGAUCAGAACCUUUCUGUUCCAUCCUUGCGAAAAUCACCAGAUUUCACGAUGUCACAAAUGUCUUGAAACUUCGGCUUUCAUUCUGUUUCCUGUUAAAUCAUUUAUCUUACGUAGAUUAAAUGAUCCUACAACAAACUGCUGAGUAACAAAUAUGUCAAUUCCUUUGUUUUACGAUGAUUUAACUUGAAACAAGAUUUCACAACGUGCGUGUCUCUCAUACGUACAGAGUCAUUCCGCUUUUAACGCCAACUUAUGUCAAACUUCACGAGCCUAAACUAAGUGGAAUGAAUGAAAACGGCAAGAAAACACUAAAAUUACUCUCGGAAACGAUACAACCGCUGGAGCUAAUUAUUAAUCUGACUUGAUUCAAUUACCGUUACUUCAGCGAUGCGGCAGCCAUUUUGUUUUAAUCAAAAUUCAUAUCUGAAAUGUACUAGCAGGAUAUGGAAUAUAUCUUGUCUCCACGUGACGUCUAUUGACCAAUAGAAAUGUAAGAAACUUGUAGGAGGCAAGAUAAAAUCACAUUACGUGUUUGAAAUUAUUAACAAAAAUUUAACGUAAUUUAAAACAUAAAAUAAAUAAGUUUAUAUGUAUUCUUGCAUAAAACUACUGUUCUUGUCAGUUUUCGAGUGUUUUAACAGAAGUGAUUCACGUGCAGCAGCUUAAACACCUUUUCAUUUAUGCGCGUUCCGUGGCAAAUCAUAAACGUAUAACCAAAACGGAUAAUUCAAACGGAAAUUCAUGUUAACGCGAAAAAAACAAUCUGGACAUACCAGCACAUCAGAGAAAUGUAAUGACGUUGAGGGACAAUUUAUUUAUUUGUUAGUUUUUAAUGUGUUUUAUGCUAGAAUAGCGUUAGCGCGUUUUCAUUUUGUGUUGUAACAUCUUCGGAAUCAUUCGGGAUACGUUGGUACCCUCGCCCUACCGUGCUUGGGCACCAACCAAUCAUUCG